AUGUCGGCAGAGAAACCACAAGCUCCUCCAGGGGGUGCGGCAGACAACGGGAAGGGGAGUGCCGACCCAACAGCGGUCGCCCCAUUGCAAUCCCAGCCUCAUCAUGUUCUGCACUUUGGCGACAUCCAGCAAUAUCACGCUGGGAUGAAUCAGCCACCACCUCCAUACAAUGCGUCGUCCAGGUCUACGCAGCAGGUCACCACUCCAUGGAUGCCUCAGACUAGUCUGAGUCAUGGUCAAUGGACAUAUAAUCUCCCGGCUGAUCGGAACGUGGAUGAUGGCCGGAUGAGGAUUUUCGAAGGUCAAAUCACCACCACCAUCCGCGGCGUGGAAACGACGAUGAAUUACGAAAAGUUCUUGGCCCUUGACAAAGACAGUCGAAAUGCACUUCUUACGGCGGGUGCACCGCCGCCGCCACCCCCUGUUCAUGUGCCUCCACCGCCUCCUCCGCCGCUCCCUGCCAGCAGUACGGUAGCACCGCAAUCAAAUGCAUCUGAGUCCGCAACUCCACCUCCCGAGGAACCCAAAUGCAUGUCUUGCCAUUUGCCAGCUCAACUAUUUCCCAUGCACGGCAUCACGGUAUGCGCUCGCUGCGCGGCCCUUGACAACAUGCUCUCAAUGGAGCACAGAUGCGAGAGAAAGCCGACUGCCUGA